CAUUUUCUGCUCGGCUGCUCAGCGGGGAGUAGCUAGUCAUUGACCGGUGGAGCUGCUUGCUUGCAGGGGGCUUUUCGGUUUGUCCUGACUGCCGCUGGUACUUAUGGAUAUUUCUAGCUUAAAGAAGAGGCAGUGAAAGAGCAUUUUUACAGAAUGGUAUUAAGAAAAAGGCUAAAAUGGUGCCUUUGUAGUAGGAGUAUAGAUGCUGCCGGUGCCUUGUAACGUUAGCUGUAACGUUAGUGAAAGUUAGCUAAUGAGUAGCACAAUGUUAGCUGACUAGCUAAUGCUGGGCCUUCCGUUUCCUUUGGUUUGUCAGAACAGUUUAUUGUUUUAUUCUCCCCUUUGUAAACAGGGCUUCGGAGCUCUUUUGUUUGCUGGCGUUUGCUGAUUUUUUUCUGUGCUUCAUGUGGUGAAUAAGGCCCUGAAAUGAAGAGAGUAAACAGCUUUCAGAGGUUUAUGAACAGGCGGGCCUCAGCUAACUGCCGCUACCAGCCCACCCGCUAUGAGCAUGCUGCAAACUGCUACACCCAUGCACUCCUCAUCGUGCCAGCCUUCGUGGGCAUGGCGUUGCUGCAUCGUCUGUCAGACAACGGCUGGGAGAGGAUCACAGCCUGGGUGUACGGCAUGGGCCUCUGUGCCCUCUUCCUGGUCUCUACUGUGUUUCAUAUCAUCACCUGGAAGAGGAGCCACAUGAGGUCCAUGGAACACUGUUUCCACGUGUGUGACAGAGUGGUCAUCUAUUUCUUCAUUGCUGCCUCCUACACACCUUGGUUGAACCUGCGUGAACUGGGCCCUCUGGCAGCACACAUGCGCUGGUUUGUGUGGCUCAUGGCUGCUGCUGGAACCAUAUACGUCUUCAACUAUCAUGAAAAGUAUAAAGUUGUCGAGCUGGCCUUCUACUUGAUGAUGGGUUUUUUCCCUGCAUCAGUCAUGACAUCAAUGAGCAACACAGAGGGCCUCCAGGAGCUGGCCUGCGGUGGACUCAUCUACUGCCUCGGCGUGUUCUUCUUCAAGAGCGACGGCCGCAUCCCCUUCGCCCACGCCAUCUGGCACGUAUUCGUGGCGCUGGCUGCGGCCGUGCACUACUACGCCAUCUGGAAAUACCUCUACAAGGCCCGCGGCGCAGACUCCCUCCUCCAGUUGUGACCCCAGCCGAAGGCUGGGCACCCGGUCCUGCCCCUUCCCCGUGUGCUUCUGAGCAGAGGCGCCUGCACACUGACUCCCUCAACUGCCCGCUGAAGCUGCAAACGAGUUUACGAAAAUAGUGACCAUAAAUUGUUUACUUGUUUUUUCUAACGCGGAGAACAGAUUUUUCAGCGUCUCCCUGACAAACAAAAGCUACUUUCCAAGCUGUUUUGUACAACUUCAGUCUAAAAAAAAAUCUUGACAGCGAGGGAGGGACUUUAGACUUUUUACAAUGAACCCUGGCACAUUCAUGAGUUUUGGGGAAAUUUGAUAACACUUUUUAUUUUAUUUUUUUUUUUUUAUCGCUUAAAGUGAGUCACAUUCCACAUUGGAGUCAUUUGUGUGUCAAAACCUGGAGAUUCAUCCUUUUCAGCUGGUGAUAUCAACACUGGGGAUAUCGAGUGAGGUGCUAAAAAAAAUCAGCUCUUAUCAGUAGUGGGGCUGGGUAUCAUUUGAUGUUUCAGUACCAGUACCAAAUUUAUACUUUUUGAUACAGUACUUUGCUUAUGAGAAACAUAAACACAAAAAAAAAAAUUUCAAUUAAUAAAAGAAACCAAAGAUCUUAAAUGUUUUCUAAACACAAACAGCUGUACAAGAACAAGAGACACAGUAAAAUAGUUUGGGGGGCAAAAUUCGAUUGAAAUCAGAAAUCUUAUCCAAGAAUGAUCUACUAAACAUUUGAUGCCAACUUUUCAUAUUCUGAACCAAAAAGUGUUUUGAGGUUUUAUACCCAGCCCUUGUCUGUGCUCUGCUGGUGCAUUUUCAAGUCGGUAAGAAAUGAAAGAAAUGAUAAGGAAAAGCUCUUUUUUGUUUUCCCAUUUUCAUUUUCAUUAUUGUUUUUUAUUUUAUUUUUUUACAGUGAUUACAUUGUCAACCCUAUCUGAUCCCCAUCACACACUCUUGACCAAUGCAUGUUUUUUUUGUUAUUUUUUAUUUUUUCUGACCAGUAUCCAAAUACAGUCCUUGGUUUUCAGGGAUCUAGUUUGUCCUUUAAGUAUUUAGCGCCCCCUGCUGGUGUAAGAAGGCGAUAAACAGCAUUUCAGGGUGUGUGUGUGCAGGUGACACAGGUGAGUUGGGAUUUAGUUAAUGAGCCAAAUGAGAAAAUCAGGUCAGGUAAUAUGAUGAUGAGAAGAUUUUUUUUGUUCCUACUUUCUUAAAAAUGUGAACAGUGUGCAGUAGAGUGUGUAUGCACAACCUUUGCACUGUAGCUCAGAAAUACAUUUCCACUGAUUCUCUCUCUCUCUCUCUCUCUCUCUCUCUCUCUCUGUUUUUGACAUGCACCACUAGGACAAACAGUGUUUCCUGUCUGUUUUUUGAAGCGGGUUUGAUCAGUGGAGAGACUUCAUGUUCAUGUUUUUGUCUCAUGCUGUUGGUUUUGUAUAUUUGCUUAAUGGCUCCAUCAUUACCUUUCCCUCUUAGUGAUGUAUGAAGCUGAAUGAUUGCAUAUUUAUUGAUUGUGUCUCUUGUUGAAAUAAUUUCCUGAACCACUGUGUUUUGUAAUGCUUGUAUAUUCUGUUGUUCGUUCCGUUGAUUACGUGAUCCUGGCCUUUGGGGGGAAAAACCAAAAAACAAACCCAUCUGCUUCUUGUAUGUCCCAUUGGCUGUUAAUGGUGCUGCAUAUACAUGAAUGCCCCUCCACUAUACUGAAUAUCACCUUUCUAAUGUGACAAUAAAAAAUGAUAAUGCCCCCCCUCCCA